AUGGCUAAAUCUACAACCAAGGUAGCGAAGCCUUCCAAGGCCGAGUCCAAGGCUGUGAAGAGCAACGGCACCACCAAGGCCUCCAAGGCCAAGGACUCUGCUAAGUCUUCUGACAAGACCAUCGAGAAAAAGAAGAAGAAGGUCGUCGAGCCUGAGUCUUCUGACUCUGACUCCGAGUCCGACAGCGAGUCCGAGGCCAGCGCCUCUGACUCUGACGCCUCUGAGGAGGAGGCUCCCAAGAAGCCCGUCGCCAACGGCAAGAAGGUCAAGGCUGCUGAGAAGUCCGAGUCUGAUGAGGAUUCGGACUCUGACUCUGACGAGUCCGAGGAUGAGAAGCCUGCUGCCAAGGCCAACGGCAAGAAGGCCGCUGCUGAAGAUUCUGACGACUCUGAUGACAGCGACGACUCUGACUCUGAUAAUGAGGAUGAGAAGGCUGCCCCCAAGGCCGCCAGUGCCAAGAAGGAUGAUUCGGACUCGGAUUCUGACGAUAGUGACGACUCUGACUCCGAGGAGGAGGAGAAGACUGAGGCUGCUCCCUCCAAGAAGCGCAAGGCUGAGGACGAGAUUGACGAGGCCCCCAAGAAGGCCAAGUCUGAUGACGCGCCCAUGACCCUCUUCGCUGGCUCCCUUAGCUGGGGUGUCGACGACAAUGCUCUGUACGAGGCUUUCAAGUCCUUCGGCAACAUUGUGAGCGCCCGUGUCGUUACCGACAAGAACACUGGCCGCAGCCGUGGCUUCGGCUACGUCGACUUCGGUGACUCCGAGUCGGCUACCAAGGCCUACGAGGCCAUGCAGGGCCAGGAGAUUGAUGGCCGUGCCCUGAAUCUCGACUACGCCAACGCCAAGCCUACUGAGGGCAAGCCUCAGGACCGCGCCGCCGACCGUGCCAAGCGCCACGGCGACACCCUCAGCGCUGAGAGCGAUACUCUCUUCGUUGGUAACCUGCCCUUUGAUACUGAGCAGGAUACUGUUCGCCAGUUCUUCAGCGAGGUUGCCGAGGUUGCCAGCGUUCGUCUGCCUACCGACCCUGAUUCCGGUAACCUGAAGGGCUUCGGCUAUGUUACCUUCAACUCGAUUGAGGACGCCAAGUCUGCUCUUGACGCCAAGAACGGCGCUUCCAUUGGCAACGGCAGAAAUUCGCGUGCUGUCCGUCUUGACUUUGCUGGCAGCCGUCCUCCUCAGAACGGUGGUGGUGACCGCCGUGGUGGCUUCGGUGGUGGACGUGGCGGCGGCCGCGGUGGCCGAGGCGGUGGCCGUGGUGGUCCUCGUGGUGGUGGUCGCGGCGGCUUCGGCGGUCGUGGUGGUGGUCGUGGCGGCUUCUCUGGCACCAAGACCUCUUUUGACUAA